GCGUACGGGAUGAACAGCAGUUAUCCCUGGGUGUGUCGUCCAUGUCCGCUCAGUGAUCUCAUUGAAAGCUAUCUACCCAGGGAUACUUGUGGUCGUCCCUUACGCUGCACUAUUCAAACCCGCUGGUGUGGCGGCGCUGGUCUGGCUCCUCUCCGCGCUAUGAAGCAGCGGCCGGACAGUGCGCGCCCGGGCCCGUCCUACAAGAUCCGCCCGGGGAAGAAAGGAUCCGUCCGGAGCAGGAAUGCAUUGGCCGAGCGCUGUAAACUUGAGGCGGCCUCUGAAACGCGCAAGUCCCGGUCCGGCCCGGAGGAGAGCGGGGAACACGGCCCGGAGCACGGCGGUAGCGCGCUGCUGGUGGAGGAGGGGGUGUGUGUGACCGUUCUGCGGCCCGGGGAGAAACUGACUUUCAUAGGUAAAUGUGUCCUGACCUGCUUGUACGGCAGUGUAAAGGUGCUGGGCCUCACCAUCAACUCCAAUGAGACCCCCCAUGAGCUGUUCUCUCCGAAAACUCACGCGCCCCUGGCCAUCGAAGGACUGAAGCAGAAGAAGAAGUUUAAAACCCGGAAGGAGAUCCGAGCAGAGGCGCGGACGUUACUGCGCGGAUACCUGUCCUUAGAUUGCAGACGCGCCAUCAUGAAAAAGUUCAAGUCUUCCUGCUCCAUCCUGCUGCUCGAGCGCCUGGAGGACACGACGGUCAACUACAUCCUGAGCCACCCGGAGUACGCCAAAAUCUUUGGCACAAAAUUGAAAGGAAUGCAGUCCUCCCCGGAGAGCGAUCCCGUCCUACAAUCUAUUGGCGUUUACCGCUGUGAUCCGGAGACCGCGGUGUCUGUGUCAGAGGAAACAGCGUCUGCAGCCCAGCAUUUAGUCAGCGCCUGCCUAGAGGAAGACAACGGCUGUCCCAUUAUUCUGGUUUGUGGGCCGAAAAAUGUGGGAAAAUCGACAUUCAACCGCUAUCUCAUCAACCAGCUACUCCAGCACAUCCCCUGUAUUGAUUACCUGGACUGUGAUCUGGGGCAGACGGAAUUCACACCUCCUGGCUGUAUCUCAUUGAUCAGAAUUACUAAGCCCGUCCUGGGGCCCCCGUACACUCAGCAGCGGGAGCCUUACAAGAUGGUUUACUUCGGAGAGACCUCCUGUGAACAGGACAUGGAACGGUUUAUCGAGUCGGUGAAAUACGUCAUCGCGAGUUAUAAGAGAGACCAGCCGCUCAUCAUCAAUACCAUGGGAUGGGUUAAAGGAUUUGGAUUACUGCUGUUGAUCGACUUGAUUCGGCUCCUUUCCCCAAGUCAUAUAAUCCAGAUGUUCACCGCAGACAAAAACCUGAUGGAGCCGCUGACACCCGAAUAUGUCAAGAACUCCGGAGGGUAUAUGACGAAAUCCCAGUCACAGGCCAAGUGCAAAAGCAGAAGUUUGGAUUUCUUAGAGGAAGAGUUGGCGGACUACAGUAACCAGCAUCAUUCUAGAGCACCCGGGGGGCAUCAUCUCUUUCAGAUAGAAAGCAAGUUUGACAGAGCGGGAGAUACGGACAACAUACCCUGCCAAAACUGGAUCCUGCGGGACCUCGCCAUGUUGGGCUACAUCAGUAAAUUACAACAGUUUGAUCCAGACCAGAUAAUCCCAUUGAAUGCGCUAUUACCAUAUGAGGUGCCUUUUAAUGCCGUCGGCCUGCGCGUCAUCCAUGCAGACGUGGCGCCGUCUCACAUCAUGUAUUCUGCUAACGCCAGCUGGGUCGGGCUCUGCCACAUUCUGGAUGACAUCAGCGGUCAGGACAGCGGCCCCGUAUUACUAACACAGGCUCCAAUCUGCGACUGCGUGGGCUUCGGUAUCAUUCGGGGAGUUGACAUGGAGAAGAAGAUCUACCACCUCCUCACCCCUUUACCGCCCGAGACCCUUCGUCAGGUGAACUGUUUGCUGAUCGGUAACAUCUCUAUCCCGCACUGCGUCUUCAAGCAUCAGCCUGGAGUGCAGGGCGACCUCCCCUAUGUAACCACGGAGUACGACCUCUCUGUAUACGGAUCGAAGAAAAUGAAGCUCAAAAAACAUCUCAAAAGACGAGAACAUCAAUAAGAAAUCGCAUCCUUCUCGCCAAAACGUUAGAGAGUCCUCGUCUGCGCCCCAGUCUGCCCGUCAUAUAGAAAAAGUAAAAAUUUUUUGGGAUUGGUCGGCUGAUCAGUGAAGCUGGAUUAGUAUUUCCCAACCAGAGUGCC